AUGGCGUACUCAAUUGAGCAAAUCAGCUUCAUGCAAUCGGUGAUUGACAUCAUUGUCUUUGUCUUGUUCGUCGGGUACACCAUCCUGUAUGGGACCGAAGAGCGAGAUGAGCGCGAGCUCCAAGCCGGCCGCCCGCUGCUCCGCGAGGGCACCAUGGAACUCGCCCACAACCACCAGCAGCGCGAGCAAGAGGUGCCCAACCUCCGUCUCGGCGAAGCGGCAAACGAAGACAGGAGAAACCGCAUCAUCCUGCGCUCGCACAUUCACGCCAUGUUUGCCUGCGUUCAAAACUGCCAACAGCCCUGCGGCUGUAGAUAUACCGAGCAGAGACGCGCCCGGGACCUCGACGUCGAGUUGCCCCACGAGUGCUGCUCUGCCAAGAUCUCCGGCUUGGUGACUUGGUCUCCAGUCAAGACUCCGAUACUGCCUCCACCAGCAGCGGUAAUGAUUGCUCUGCAACUACCAUUGCCAGUGGCACUGUGA